AUUUUCUUUCAUAAUGUGAUUCAAAAUUAUUAUAAAGAUGCUUCCAAACUAUCAAUUUAUCGCAGAUAGCGAUGUUAAUAAAUGGAUUGAGAAGAAGUUUUAUAAAGAUACCAAUAUUUUUGUUUCUGACGAAGAUUAUAAACAUACAAGUUUCAAUGCUCCUAUUAUAACCCAAUUACAAAAUAAAAUACCAUAUAAUAGUGGUUACAUUGAUAAUGAUUCAGAAGAUGACAACUCUGAUAUUAAUCAAUUAUCCUAUUCAUCAAAAAAAUUAAAUAAUGAUUCAAUAUAUAAUGAUUUAAGCCUUGAUUUUAUCAAACGAAAGAGGGGUAGGCCAAAAAAAAAUUUCAAUCCUUUUUUGGAUUUUAAUUUUACAUUGGAACAAACUAUAAGACAACCAGAAUUCUCUCACCCAAAAUCUCUGCAAACUAAAUAUAAUAAAAAUAUUAUUCAAGAGAAUGGAAAUAAUCAAAUUCACAAAGAAAGUUCACCCAACACACAAAUAACAACUCCUAAUCUUACUGAUAUAGGAAAUUCAAUUGUAUCCAAUUUUCUAAAAAAUCACAUAUCUCCCCUAGUUAAAUCUGCAGAAUUAAAUGACUCAAAUAAUCUGAGCUCAGAUGAAUUUCAAUAUCCACAUAAUCAUUCUAAUACAGAAAACAUCACUUCUGGUGCCUUCAGUUUUUCUACCAAAUCAAUUGAAACAAAAUUAUUGAAUGUAACAAGCACAAACUCAUAUUCAAAAUCACACCUCAUAUCAGAUUCAAUUGAUAAAGUUGUCAACAAUAAUUUUGAAUCUCACAAAAGUAUAGGAGAUUUUUCCCAGGGUAAUAGACAGACUAAUAUAAUCAAAAGGUUACCAGGAAUAAGGGGUAGACCCAAAGGAAAGCGAGGACGAAUAGCUGCCUUAUAUCCAAACAGAAAUGUAACACAAUCAUUCUUAACCGCUUACAAGAAUCUAACAUUUGAAGUCACUAAUGAAGAACAACAACUAAAUUCAGAUUUGCCUAAUACUUUAUCAACUCUUACUAAAGGAGUUUCUGAUCAUGCUAUAAAUUUAAAAAUUGAGGAUCAUGUUUUGGAUAAUUUCCCUAAAAAUUAUGUUAAAUUUUUUGAUAAUAAUAAUAACACAGUGACUAGGAAUUACAGAAAACCAAAUUUCAUAUUCGCUAAAGAUGAUUCAGAAAACAGCAACAAUGAAAUGGAUGAAGAAUAUUGUGGGACACAAGGACAAGGGACAAAUGUAGAGAAAUACCCUAUCGUAGCCUUGAAGAAGCUCAAUAUCCCUUACCUUCUGAAAAACAAUGGAACAGUCAAUCUAUUCAACCACUCGAUGAAUUUGUUUGCCCACGAAGAUGAACACAUGUAAAACUUUCAUUUCAAAAAUUCAAAUUUUCUUAUUAUUUAUUGUUAUAUAAGAUAGUAACUUAGCUUCGAUUAUUCAAUAUUAUCUUUAUAAUAUAUAAAAUUAUUGUAUUAUAUUUUCAAUAAAAAAAAAUGCU